AUGCCUCCCAAGGCCGCGAACAAAAAGGCCGCUGCGCCCAAGGCCAGCGCGCCUAAGAAGGCUACUACCAACACUGCCGCUGCGACGAAGAAGGCUGCUGAGCCGACAAAGAAGACUGCUGCGAAGCCCGCCGCGAAGAAGGACGCGACUACUAACGGCGCGACCGCCGCCUCCAAGCGCAAGCUCGCUGAGGAAGAGGACGAGGUCGACGAGUCCGCUGACGAGUCCGCCGAGGAGGAUGAGAAACCUGCGACCAAGAAGACCGCUAAGAAGGCAGUCGAACCAGCCGCGAAGAAGACCAAGACUACCACUGCUGCCGCCAAGAAGAAGGCCGCUGCUGCUGAGGAGACCGAAGAUGAGUCCAAGACCAAGAAGCCUUUGAAGAAGGCCGCUGUCAAGAAGGCUGAGCCCAAGAAGGCUGCCGCCGCGAAGAAGGCCGACACCAAGGCUCCUGCCGCAAGCAAGAAGCGCAAGUCUAGCGAAGAAGAGCCAGAGGACGAGAAGCCCAAGGCGAAGAAGUCCAAGACCGACGAUGCUGAGGUCGACAGUCAGGCCACCGAGUCCGCCAAGGCGACGGAGUCUGCCGACGAGGAGCCCAAGGCCGAGAAGCCUGUGAAGGCGACCAAGAAGACUGUCACCGCUGCCCCCAAACCCCCUCCUGCUCAUCCCCACAAGAUUGGCAAGAAGAUCAACUCUGCCCCUACACAGAUCCUUGACGUCUACGUCUUUGGCGAGGGCUCUUCUGGCGAGCUGGGUCUCGGCAGCAAGAAGCUUGACGGCAAGAAGGUCGUUGAUGUCAAGCGCCCUAGGCUUAACCCCCUUCUCUCUGCCAAGGACGUUGGUGUUGUUCAGAUUGCCUGCGGCGGCAUGCACGUGGCUGCGCUGACCAAGGACAACAAGAUCCUCACCUGGGGCGUCAAUGACCAGGGCGCCCUUGGCCGCGACACUAACUGGGACGGCGGACUGCGCGAUGCCGAUGCUGAGGAAGAAGAGGAGGACGAGGAUGAUUCGGGCAUCAACCCUCGCGAGAGCACGCCCACUGCUCUCGGCGCUGAGCACUUCGCUCCGGAAGCCAAAUUCACUCAGGUUGUGGCUAGCGACAGCGCCACCUUCGCUCUGACGGAGGAUGGCAGAGUCUAUGGAUGGGGCACGUUCAGAUCGAGUGAUGGUAUUCUCGGUUUCACCGACAAGAUCCAGAUCCAAAAGACACCCGAGUACCUUCCCACUCUCAAGAACAUCACGGCUCUUGCUGCCGGCUCCAACCACAUUCUGGCUCUCGACGACAAGGGUGUUGUUGUUGCUUGGGGCUGCGGUCAGCAGAACCAACUCGGACGUCGCAUCAUCGAGCGCAACAAGCUUUCGUCGCUUAUUCCUCAGAGCCUGGGCAUCCCCAAGGGCAAGGUCGACCGCAUCGCCUGCGGGUCCUACCACAGCUUCGCCUUGGCCAAGGACGGCCGCGUUUGGGCUUGGGGUCUGAACAACUUUGCUGAAACCGGUAUCGAGAUGGGUGCCGGCGAGGACGACGCCGUUGUCCUGAGACCCACGAUUGUUGAGGCUCUCAAGGACUACAAGGUUAAGCAGAUUGCUGGCGGAGAGCACCACUCUCUUGCCUGCACUGAAGACGGCAAGCUCCUGACGUGGGGUCGUCUAGACGGCAACCAGGUCGGCAUUCCCGUGGAAGAGCUCCCUGCGGACAGCGUCAUUAAGGAUGAAAGCAACAACCCUCGUAUCCUCUCUAAGCCGACUGUUGUUGAGGACAUUGCCAAGUGUGUCUACGUCGCUGCCGGCGUCGACAACAACUUUGCCAUCGACAACAAGGGCGAGGCCCACUCUUGGGGCUUCUCUGCCAACUACCAGACCGGCCAGGGCACAACUGAAGACAUUGAGACCCCGACCACCAUUGACAAUACUGCCGUUCGUGGCAAGAAGCUUGUUUUCGCUGGCGCUGGUGGCCAGUACUCCAUUUUGGGCGGCGUUGCCGAUGUUCCCAAGGUCAACGGUUUCGCAGCAGUCGCAGCCAGCCAGCCGGCGACUGGUGGCUUCAGACCCGUGUUCUAA